GUAGUGAAUGGAUUUUAGAGAUUAGGGAGCUACAACGGGUAUUUUGCUUUAGACAGGGAAAUAUAAUAUUGCCGAUCACUUGCGACAAUAUGGCGCAGCAUGAAUUCACGUCUUGAUCGUCUAUCUUUUGCGAUUUUUCCUGACUUCACAUUUUGCGCUAAAGCCUUCAAAAUACAUUUGUUCAAUGCGUAAUGUUCUGAAGAAGAAUGAAAUUCGUUAACAAGUUUAUUGCGUAGAAAGAAACUGAGUAAUUCGACAUUUUAUACGCCAGACACCUGAUCUAUUUUCAUAUUUGAAUCUGAAUGUGAAUCUGAAACUGCGAAUCUGAAACUGUAAAGCCGACCGUAUAAAACUUAGGUUAGCCAGAGCCUCUACAUUAUCAUAGUUCGGCCGGAACUGUUUUCGAGCACUUCUCUGUCCAAAUCAUAUGCCACAAAAAUGUGUUUCAAGUUAUUGUUGUCUUGCUUAGUCGCCAGUUGUUUGAUUUAAUUUAACUAUCUGUCUCUUUCCAACAUACAGCAACAUCAUUAAAAUGUCCUUAAAGUCAGAUAUCACUUACAUUUCUUCUUAGAGUAACCCAAAUACCGAAAAUCAGCGAUUGCAAAUGUCUUUGCAUUGCGAAAUCACAGCUAACAGAGUAAAGUCAGGAGGGAAACGGUAAGUUACUUGCGAAAUCACAAGAUAGUCAGUCACGGGAUUAAUCAUCACGUGCGGAUUUUGCCAGAGUACUUCUUGCGUAACCCAGUUUAUCCUGUUUCAAACGCAUCAUACGAUCAUAUGAUUUUGAUUAUCGUACUCCACUCGUACUGCACGGUAACAGGCAGUGGGCAUAGCACACAUUUUUAUUCACAAUUGACACUUGCUGGCUUGCUGCUGUUCGAAGUAAUUUAAGUCUCGAUUCGAAAAUAUGGCUUCGAAGUUUCUCUUUCUGUUGAUGUGCGCUAUAGCAGUCGAAAAAUCAACUGCGCUGGUGCUAGACACUAAAGACUGUGGCAGUGUGCUAGGCAAAUUCUCGAAUUUUGACCUGAACUGUAAUGAGGGCUCUACUGCUGAACUUUGCAAGAUCUCGCCCGGUAAAAAGUACACUGGCACCUUGAAGUUAACACCAAACACGGUCAUAAAUAAUGGAACGAUUAUUCUUCAUGCUAUAUUCGGAAAAACAACCCUGCCAUUCCCUUUUCCUGACAACGAUUUAUGCAAGGACCACAACAUCCAUUGCCCACUGAAAGCUGAUACAGAAGUUACGGUGUCUCUUACACUGGCUGUCCCAAGUUUUGCUCCCCAAGUGAAUUUGGUCGCUAAAAUAGAAUUUCAGUCCAAUGUCAAUGGCAAAGUCAAAGAUUUGGCGUGCAUUGAGUUCCUUGGUUCUAUACAUAGUUAAGCUACGUUUUACACGCUACGAUUAGUCGCGUACGAUUCGUAUUCUGGCGUAUUAAAGUGAGUGCUGGCGCCAUAAUUCAUUGCCGUUUCGUUGACAUAUACGUCAGAUAACGAAUCGUACACGAUUAAUCGCAGUAAAGCUCGCAGUAAAGUAGGUGGAAUAUUGCAACAUUGAACUAUUAAUAAAUGGGGAUAUCUAAAAUUACCAAACUAUUGCGUAUUAAAAUUGACAUAUGAGCUAUAAAAACAAACAGAAACUUAUACUCGCGUGCAAAUAUAUAAUUUGUUGUUAAUUAAGAUGGAUGUUUAUUUGCAAUUAUCAGUUUACAUCAUUGGCCUUGGCAUUGUGCAAUUUUACUGUGAAAUAUUCGAACAGCUACGUACACUCCUUUGUGUUAUUUACACAGUGGCUAAAGUUGCCUAACCUUUAGAAACCUUUGAUCGUGAACAUAUUAAAGUUCAAAAGUCAAAACUAAACUGAGUAUCAGGCCCUUGGUAUUGAAAGAGGGCUAAGAGACGAUAAAAUGCAUCAUGUGAUUCAAACCGGAAAUAUAUGACCGGCGUAUGCAAACACCAAAAAUAGAAUUUGUAAUUUUGUCAAUAUACUGUUAAAAGUGCUUUAUUUCUGAAAUUUAUUUUCAAUUAAUUAAGCCUAAAAAUGACAAAAUAAGUACGAAAAGACGUUGAAAACGCUUUUGCAGCAACAUUUUACUCGGUAUAAAACUAAAACUACAUAGUCAUUGUAGAAAGCGUGUCUAAAUAUCUCGCCGUAAUAGUCGCCGUAGAAGCACAGGCGGCCCAAUCUCUGAACGUCCUAUAUAUUUUGAAUAUUUAACCGUUAUAAUAUUUUAAAAUAACAAAAUAAUUCAAAAAAUAUUAACAAUAUAUGUAAAAAUUAAUAGAAUCCAU